GAAUUAUCGACAUCUCAAUCAACAUAAGAAUUCAUAUUAUCAACCAUGGGUCGCGAACUCCAAAAGAAGAAGGCCCGCUCAGGCCGCCAGCCUAUCCGUCAACUUAACAGAACCAAGAAGAUCCUUAACCCCCGAGGCAACGAUGCCAUUGCAAAGAACUGGAACAAGAAGGAGACUCUUUCUCAAAACUAUCGUCGUCUAGGUCUCGUAGCGCGUCUCAAGGCUCCUACAGGUGGAACAGAGAAGAAGCUCGGCGCAACCACAACCCGCGCAUACCCCAACGAUCCCUUCUCUAUCGCCACCAUGGAGAACGCCAUUGUAUCAGAGGCACGUGUCGAGCGCGAUGCGGACGGAAAGAUCAUUCGUAUUCUCGGCGAGGCCAAGCCUAACCCGCUUAACGAUCCUCUGAACGAACUCGAUAACGACAGUGACGCUGAGCCUGCUGAGGAGUGGGGUGGCAUUGAGGACGACGCUGAUGCGACCGAUGUUGUCAAGACUCUCAUAGAGCAGAGCAAACAGCCUGAUCUUCCCAAGAAGAGACAUCAGAGUACCCGGGAGAAGGAAUGGUUAGAGAAGCUCGUGGCCAAGUAUGGCGACGAUACAGCGGCUAUGGCCAGGGACCGAAAGUUGAACCCCAUGCAACAGACCGCAGCUGAUAUCGCCAAGCGAAUUCGCAAGAUGAACAAGGAUUAGGAGCGGGACACACGAAAGAAGAGCAAGGCUUUGGGGAUGAAUCAGACGAAGUCACUAAAUCAGCAAGUAUGGAGCGUCAAAACUGGCUUAAGAACAGAAGGCGUUGGGAGUUGGAUUCGAGCAUCUUAAAAUAUAAGACGCCGUAUACUUUUCAUUUCACACGGCCAAACUUUUAUACUGUCCGAAAUAUAGAAAUAACCACAAGCAAGAGAGAAUCCAAAGUGCCUUAU